GGUGAUUCAGAUUAGGCGGCUGCGUUCGCUUUCGCGUCGGAACCUGCUAUUGGGUUGGAACGGGGUCGUGAGGCACAGCGGUGGGGUGGGUUUCUCCAAGGAGUGGACGGCGUGCUGUGAGGGUUAAUAAGGGCUUGCGGCGCCGGCGCGGCCAUGGCGGACAUUGACGAGCUGGCGCUGGCCGGCGGCGACGGACUCGAGGAUGACCUGCUCGACGGCCUCAACGACGGCGAGAACAACGGCAACGACACGUCGGCUGUCAGCUUGGAUGGCGACCAGAGCAUGGACGACCCGGAGCUGGCCGCCAUCAAGGCGCGGGUGCGCGAGAUGGAGGAGGAGGCCAACAAGCUGCGCCAGAUGCAGUCCGAGGUGGACAAGCAGAUGAACCUGGGCAGUCCGACCACAGAGCCGGCCACAAACCCGCUCAACCUGUCGGUCGAAGAGAAGAUGGAGGUGGACGCGCGCUCCAUCUACGUCGGCAACGUGGACUACGGCGCGGCCGCUGAGGAGCUGGAGCAGCACUUCCACGGCUGCGGCUCCAUCAACCGCGUCACCAUCCUCUGCAACAAGUACGACGGCUCGCCCAAGGGCUUCGCCUACAUCGAGUUCGCCGACAAGGACUCGGUGCAGACGGCGAUGGCGCUCGACGAGUCGCUCUUCCGCGGCCGCCAGAUCAAGGUGAUGCCGAAGCGGACCAACCGGCCGGGCAUCUCCACCAGCAACCGCCCGCCCCGUGGCAGGUUCCGCGGCCGCGGUCGCUUCGGCUACCGCUCCCGCCGACCCAGGUACCGCCGGUCAAACUACUUCUCUCCCUACUAAGGUACAACAGUGGGUGGCGUCGAUCCGGCAGCGCAGCCUAGCGGAGGAUCUGCGAAGCUGAAGUUCGACAGCGGUGGCCGGACGCAGACGGCGCCUCCGGGUCGAGGAGUUUUGCUUCUGACUGAUGUCAUCGUUCGAUUCGUCGUUUUCCAUGCCGUUGUGUGGCGCUGCAAGUGGAGGUGCGCUGUGGUGUGAACGUCGGGACGCAUGACGCGCCGAGAAGCAUUCGGCCGCCUGGUGCGCGUGUUGCCGCUAGCCCCGGCCGCGGUCCCCCCACCCCUACCCCCCAUGUUCCCAUUUCAACUCUGCCCGCCGGGUGUGACGCCUCGGAGCGCGUGCCGGCGGCCGCUGUCCGUGGACUUCUACCCUUUGGUCGUGUUCGCCGUGCGGCCGAGCGGCGGGCCCGUCCGUGGCAGGCGUACCGGUCGCCUGUUUUGAGUUGGAGCCGGUUGUCUUCUUACCUUAACCCUGAUUUAAUAUCGGUACUUGUAGUGUUCUUGUGACUAGCGAACGUUCGGCUGGAUGCGAAGUGCAGUUUCUGGAAAGAUGCUGGUCGGGCACGAAAGAUUCUGAAAAGUGAGGGAAAACACGACAAAAUGUACAGACUCAUGGUUUUCACAAGGUGUGUGGGGGAGAUCGGCGUGGGUGUAAUGGAACGAUUGCUGCCAGAAACAUCGUGUGGCGAGGGGCGAGAGAGGCGAUAGUUGGCGUGGGAGUUAGUAAAAGCUAAUAAAACAUACCGCGCGGCGCGGGGCAACAGGAACGAUUACUGACAUGGGAGUCAGUAAAAGUUAAAACAUCCUGUGCGGCGCGGGGCAAGUGACGAUAGUUGACAUGGGCGUUAGUAAAAGUUAAUAAAACACCCUGCGCGGCGCGGGGCAAGAGGA